AUUACGAUAUUGUUUUAAUUAUUUCACCGUACGGUUAUUGUAGUUUUAUGUUUUAGAAAUAAUACUCGUAUGGCAUUUGAAUUAUCUUACAUUAAUAAAACUGACUAUUAAUACCAAGUAUGCAAAUAUAUUAAUUAAAGAACGAACAAAACAUUUAACUAUUUUUUGAUAUCUAAACAUAGCUGUUUAUAAGAUGUCCAAACGAACAAUAGUGAGUAAUAAAAAAAGUUAGAAAAUUUGAAUUAAGAAUUUGAGUUAAAAUUUUUUCAAAAUUUAUUCUACAAUGUCGCUCGGAAAGCAGACAAAUGAGCAUAUAAAGAGGCCAAUGAAUGCGUUCAUGGUAUGGUCGCGAGGUCAGAGGCGGAAAAUGGCGCAAGACAACCCCAAAAUGCACAAUUCAGAGAUAUCGAAGCGAUUGGGCGCCGAGUGGAAGUUGCUCACUGAAAUGGAGAAGCGACCAUUCAUUGAUGAAGCGAAGAGGUUAAGAGCGCUCCACAUGAAAGAACACCCAGACUACAAAUAUCGGCCACGAAGGAAACCGAAAGCGCUCGUGAAGAAGGAACCAAAAUUCGGUUUCGGUAUUAGCGGAUUAAUGGCCCCAGUACCGAGAUUAGUAACGCCGUCGGUACCCCAUCCGGUACCACAGCUGCCAAUGCCGCACCACUUGUUACCAGACAAGCCGGAUCUGAGCAGGGCCCUGUUCCCGCCUUUGCCAUACCCGUUCUACCCUUUUGCGAAGAUACCGUCCGAUGAUGGGAAGUUUGCGGCAGAAUUGGCUCACCUACAGGCGAUCUACGGUGGUGCGUUAUACAGCAGUGCGUUAUACAAUAGCGCACUGUCCCCCUGCGGGUGCCCCCCUCGUCGGACUCCGUCCCCCCCACCAGCAGACGUGAAGCGUCCAGUGGCUUACGUCCUGAUGAAAAGCGAUGAGGAACCGCCCCAACACGUCAUAUGAAGGCCGGUGGCGCUCCCAGCUAGACCUUGGUCUCAUUGGGAGCGGCCGUCCACUUCUGUUCAAGAUCGGGAGACCAGCUCGCCGGAUAGUGUGUAAAUUGGUAUGUGAGAUUGUAAAUAUUUAUCGAUAUAAAUAUGAAUUCAUGAGCAAGUGAUGAAAGACUAAUUUAAAGUGAUGAACUAAAAGUGAUGAAGUGAUUAGAAAAAGAACAUAAAUAAUGUGGAGUUGAAGUACCAAAGCAGCAAAGAGUAAUCUCUACCAGUGUUAUUGCACUUUUUUUAUAAUCAGCUAGUGAUUUGAAAGAUAUAACGAAGGAAUGUUUUAUGUGUACUAGAUACCCAGUACAUGUAUACUCUCAGUAUAGUCAGUGUUUUACGGUUUAAAAUAGAAUUAAAUCAAAAUAAACAAUAAACAAAUUAUAUUAUUUUUGAACGACCCCAAAAAAGUCAAUAUUACCUACGCAUGCUUAAUCGUAAA